AUGGCUUCCAAUAAUUUCCCAAUUCCUUCACCCCCAAUUUUGUCUGGUGAGAAUGAUCCUAUUUGGGCUGUCAAGAUGAGAACAUACUUGCGAGCAUAUGAUCUGUGGGAAGUGGUAGAGGUUGGAGGAGAGGAAAAUCAUUUUCCAAAUAAUCCAACUAUGGCGCAAAUUAAGAAUCACAGAGGAGAGGUUUCAAAAAACUUUAGAGCUCUCUCUUGCAUACAAUCAACACUUUUGGAAGUAAUUUUCACAAGAGUUAUGACGAGUGAGAUUGCAAAGGAGGCUUGGGAUAAGUUGAAAGAAGAAUUUCAUAAAAGUGACAAGAUCAGGAAAAUAAAAGUGAUAAAUCUAAGAAGAGAGAUUGAAAUUCUCAUAAUGAAGGAUUUAGAAACUAUUGAAGAAUUCUCCAACAAGUUGAUGAAGGUUGUAAACAAAAUCAGACUUAUGGGAGAAGAGCUUAUAGAUUUAAGAAUCAUGAAAAAGGUUCUUGUGAGUUUGUCGAAAAGAUUUGAAGAAAAAAUCUCCUCACUCAAAGAUUCAAAGGAUCUCACAAAACUGUAA